UGCAGAUUCAGCACCAGAAUUUAGUGACCGGUCGGAGACCUUUCUUUCUGCUUUCUUCUGACUGUUUUUGUCGACGACCCCGACGUCCCACCCCAACCAAUUCUCUCUCUCUCACUCUCUCUCUCUCUCUCUCGGCCGCGCGCGCGCUGAAAGGAAGAAGGAAGAGUUAGCAUAAUAUAGGAAACCCAUUUUGUUUGUUUCGUUAUUUUUGCUUUCAAUCUAUUGCCUGCACGGUGCACAGUUUGAAGAAGUUUGGUGAUUGUUAACAGAGUCAGGGCUUGAUUGGACGGUGAUUGGGGCAUUGCAUUUAUUGGUCCCGGUUAUAAUUGGUUUCGGAAUAUUAUAUUGAUCAGGUUUUCCGAUAAAGUACUGGGUUUGCAUUGGAUUAUGAUUAAUUUCUUGAGUUGUAGAUGGGCUCAUGUGAAAAUUUGGCUAUAAUUGAGAAACCGUUAUGUGGGUCAGUUCUUGAGCAGAACUUGAACCUAGAAUUUUCAGUUCCAUGUGUAUCGGAGCAGCGGUCUGGCUUGGAGGUGGCUCACAGAUUGUUUGAAUCUAAGGCUUACCCCCCAAAUGCUGUGGAUAGGUGUCAGGAUUUUUGUAUGGUUGGUGAUACUGGUGUGAGCUCCAGUGGGAUUACAGAGGCGAAGAAGGCUUUUACUACUGAUAGCGAUGGAUUGGUGAUUGAGAGACAAAAUGUGCAUGAUUUGAUGCUGGAGAAUGUACAGGGCAGUGAAUGUAGUAUCAGAGGGGACUGUAUGAUUGAGAUUCAGACUCAAAAUGUUGCAUCGUGCCUAGAGAAUAGAGGAUCUCAAGGUGAGUAUGACUGUGAAAUGCCUUUCAAAUCUGUACAGAUGACUGGUUCACAGGGGAAUUUUGCUCAACUGGAUGAGAUAGAUCAUAGGAGUGUCAGCGUUUCAUCACCAGGUAUCAUGGAGGUUAUCAAUGAGAAGAGUGGUGAUUUAGCUGGGUUAGAGACCAAUGCUCAUAAUAAAAUAUCUUCUUCAGACGGUCGUGAAAUGCCCUUGGAAUUAAUACCAAUGACUGAUUUCCCAAAUGGCUAUGCUCACCAGCAGGAGCAGGGGGACACUAAGAACAUUGGUGAUCUUCCUUUGGAGGUUAUGGAUCAGAAAAGUGAUGCUUCAGCAAGGACAGAAGCUGAUGUUCACAACUGGAUUUCUCCUUCAGAGGGUGGUGAAAUUCCUUUGCAAGUCUUACAUGCACGUGACUCGGUGAGCUAUGGUGAGCAGAAAUGUGAUAAGAGUGAUGAAGAGACUGUUGGUGAGCUCUCUGUAGAAAGGGUUAGUGGGAUUUUUCAAAGAACAAGUGAUAUUGAUACAUCCUUUCAAGCAUUGCCUCCACAGGGAUGCCAAAGGGCCUUGGAAAGUUUACAUAUGUCUGAAUUACCAAGCAUCUCUGCCCAACAAAAUGAUUGGAAGAAUGAUAAUGGUGUUUGUGGUGUUUGUGUAGAAAGGGUUCCAAAGGUUGUGGAGGAUAAAAGUGAUAUUACAACUGUUGAACUGGGUACCACUAUAUUACCAUUAGAAGAAAAUUCCUGCAAUUUAAAGGAGGGUGCUGCCAAUAUGACUCAUAACUGUACUUUUGAGAAAUCAUUUUCUGCCCCAUCUUGUCAACCCCUCAGUAUUGCCAAUCCUAAUACAUCAAAGGACAAGACAGAUGAGGAUAUUAUUACUUCUCUUAAUUCUAGCAGUGUGGCUGAAUGUUCUGGACAUACAGAUAAUGAAGGAAAAGAUACUGUCGGUAUUGGUUGUGGUUUUGAAACCAAAUGUCCUGAAGUUGUGUCCUCAUCUUCUCGAAGGAAGGGCCAGAGAAAUAAAUCAAGCCAAAAGAUUAAUAAAAAGAGGGCUGAAAAGAAACGCAAGAACGCAUCCCAUGUUCUACACCCGUGUGGAAGUAUUAAAAUUGUUUUGGAGGCUGCAAGACUGAAAAGAAGCUCUUUGUCAAAACCAGCUCGUUCUUCUAUUUGGGGAUCAUUGGAGAAUAUCACUCAAUUUUUUGAGCAGAGUAAUGGGAUCUAUGGGUUCGAUCAAGUACAGAAGAAAGGAUUGGGAAAAGCAAGGGGUGGCCGACGAAGUGGAAAGCAGAACAAGAGGCAAGCAAGUGGAAGCUCACAAGGGUCAAGGGGAAAUUGUCGUGCUUCAACUAGUCGUGUUCGUUUGAAGGUUAAAGUGGGAAAAGUAGCAGCUGAAAGUUGUCUGAACAAUAUAGAUCCAAAGUUUGUUGAUACUUCAGUAUCCUCCAAUGUUAACAUUAGUGAUUAUGGGACAGAUUUGUUUUCUGGAACAGGUUUAGAACUUCCGAAAUUUGCCGGUUCUAUUGAAGAUAAAUCACAGGAAGAUGGAAAACUUGCAAAUAAAGACACUGAGGGAGCCAAUACUAUAGAUAAGGCACCUGGUGAUGCAGAAAUUUAUCUUGGGGUUCCCUCCCAUGUAUUGGUCGAUGCAUUGGGAGGGGCAAUUGGGAAUAGGUGUAUAGAUUCUGGAACUUCUCCUGAUUCAGAAGUUAUCAAUUUGACUCCAGAUGCCCAAGUCACUCCAAGACAUAAUUUAUAUUUGCAUGACGCUCUUUUGAGUUCCUCCAAAGAUGUUGCUGCUCAAGAACAUCGUACUAACAGUAAGAGGGGUAAGAAGAAGAGGAUCCCUCAUUCACGUAACUUUGUUCUGCAGGAUGGAUCACCUGGUCCAACUUGCAUAAACAAAGCUAAAACAUCGAAGAAACAAGGAUGCAGACAACAUAUGGGCGAUAUACUUUGCUCUGGAGAGAUUUUCACUUCACUCACCAGCGCAAUUGCUUCAAGCAACUCGUCAAGCAACAAGGAAUUGUCUAUGGAACCAUUGGUUUUUCCAAAAGAGACGGAACACAUAAUGCUUGGAGAGGCUUGGAAAGAGGAAAGUGCUGUGGAAGCCAAAACGCAUUCCAUCCUACCUGUUGAGUCACAUGAUUCCCAGAAUUUGCCUCCUCCUACGAAAGCUAUGGUGUGUAAACUUUCAAAAUCUGGUAGAGUGAGCAAAGGCAGGUCCAAAGGUUCUGAAUCAGCUGACAAGAGAGGGAAUGUGCGUAGACAAAAGAGGGAGAAGCAGCCGAAGUCUGCCAAUAAGUUAAAAGUCGAGGAGAAGGUUGUUUGUAAUCAAAUCUUUCACAAAGUGGAAAGUCAGCCAGAAGGUGGAGAUCACAAUGUUGAUAGCGUUGGGAAAACUGACACUGUUGACAAUAUUGCAGUCACAAACAAAUCUAACUUGAACGCGGUACCAGGUGGCUUAGAGGAGCAGCAUCCACCCCCCCGUAAGGCGUGGGUUCUAUGUGACGUGUGUCAUAAAUGGCGUCGUAUACCAGCUCUGCUUGCAGAUUUAAUUGAUAAAAAAAAUUGCACAUGGACAUGUAAGGAAAACCUGGAUAAAGCCUUUGCUGAUUGCUCAAUACCUCAAGAGAAGUCAAAUGCAGAUAUUAAUGUAGAGUUGGAUAUAUCUGAUGCCUCUUGUGAAGAAGAUUCUAAUGAUGCACCUAUAAAUUACAAGGGAUUGGAAUGUAAGCGAUCAACAGGUUACCAAGAGUCAACUUUUCAGCAUAUUUCUACGAAUGAGUUUUUGCAUCGUAGGCGUAAAACUCAGACUAUCGACGAGAUAAUGGUUUGUCACUGCAAGCCAUCUUUGAAAGGCCUAUUGGGUUGUGGAGAUGAAUGCCUGAACCGAGUUCUUAAUAUUGAAUGUGUCCAAGGCACCUGCCCAUGUGGGGAGUUUUGUUCAAAUCAACAGUUCCAAAAACAGAGGUAUGCUAAGCUGGAAUGGUUUCGAAGUGGGAAGAAGGGUUAUGGGCUAAAGUUGGUGGAGGAUAUAUCCAAAGGGCAGUUUCUUAUUGAAUAUGUUGGAGAGGUGCUUGAUAUGCAUGCUUAUGAAGCACGGCAAAAGGAUUAUGCUUUUAAGGGUCAUAGACAUUUCUAUUUCAUGACAUUGAAUGGCAGUGAGGUAAUAGAUGCGUGUGCAAAAGGAAAUUUGGGCCGUUUCAUUAACCAUAGCUGUGCCCCUAAUUGCCGUACAGAAAAGUGGAUGGUGAAUGGAGAAAUUUGCAUUGGACUAUUUGCAUUAAGGGAUAUUAAGAAGGAUGAAGAGGUGACAUUUGACUACAACUAUGUCAGGGUGUUUGGGGCUGCUGCCAAAAAGUGUCAUUGUGGUGCACCUCAAUGUAGGGGCUAUAUUGGGGGUGAUCUUCUUAAUUCUGAAGUAAUUGUUCAGGGUGAUUCGGAUGAGGAAUUUCCAGAACCUGUGAUGCUUCUUGAAUAUGGUAAAAGUGUAGAUAGCUUGGAUAAUAAGAUGCCUAGGGCCAGUCCCUUUGAUUGUGCCGAGAUUCAAACUGCCAAGAGUAUAUUAAAAGCUAGACGUGGAAUGCAUAAAGCCACAAAUAAUGUUGGGAAAUUGGAAAGUACCAUAGAAAAGGAUGCCAUGAAUCAACCUGCUGCUUCCCAAUUACACAGUUCAUUGGAUCUGGAGGUAUCCAAGGAAAGGUUACCAUCUUUUGUUCAACCAGUAGAGAUAUCCCAACAAACUGAAGAUGUAACAAGCAAACCAAUGCCUGCUGUUCAGAAAGAGAAUUCCAGAGAAGAGGAGACUGUAAACAAAGCCUCAUCCUAUGCAGAUGGAUUAGAAAUUUCUCCAACAUUGACUCUGAGCAAAUCGUUAUUUGAUGGCACUGAUGCUAAUAUGAAGUCCAAAUCUGACACAGUUGAAGACAAGCGGAUUUCAUCAAAAUCACGUUCUCAGAUGAGAGUUUCUCGAUCAUCUAGUUCUGCUAAAAAAGGGAAAAUGAGUAGCAAUUCUCUGAAUACCAACAGAGUUCUGGUGACAGCCACCAAAUCUCAGCUGCUGUCUAUUAAACCAAAAAAAUUACUGGCAAGUUCUUCUAACAGCCGCUGUGAAGCAGUUGAAGAGAAACUUAAUGAGUUGCUGGAUAAUGAUGGAGGGAUUAGCAAACGAAAGGAUGCCACUAAAGGCUAUUUGAAGCUUCUGCUUCUCACUGCAGCAUCAGGUGAUGGUGGCAAUGGUGAAGCAAUUCAGAGCAAUCGAGAUCUUUCAAUGAUCCUUGAUGCUCUUCUGAAAACAAAAUCGCGUGCAGUAUUGAUCGAUAUAAUUAACAAAAAUGGGUUGCGGAUGCUGCACAACAUAAUGAAGUUUUACAGGAGGGAUUUCAAAAAGAUUCCUAUCCUCCGGAAGCUUCUCAAGGUCUUAGAGUAUUUGGCAGUGAGGGACAUACUUACAACUGAACAUAUUAAUGGGGGUCCACCUUGUCAUGGAAUGGAGAGCUUUAGGAAGUCAAUCUUGUCACUGACAGAGCAUGAUGACAAACAGGUACAUCAAAUUGCACGGAACUUCAGAGAUAGGUGGAUUCCUAGACCUGUUCGAAAACUUAGCUACUUGGACAGAGAUGAUGGGAGGAUGGAGAUUUUACGGGGUUCGAACUGCAACAGGUUUUUGUCAUCAAACAAUUAUUGGCAUGAUCUAGAUGCAAGACCUACGGAGGCAAUUGAUUGUGUGAAUCAAUCAAUGGUUGCAAUGCCCUCAUACGAUUCUGGUAACCAGGAGGGUUGCUCUGCCCCUUGUGUAGGUGGUUGCCUGACUAGUGAGAGAAAAACACGUAAACGUAAAAGCCGAUGGGAUCAGCCGGCAGAGACAAACCCAGGUUCGAGAUCACCCCUGAAGGAACAGAAGAUUGAGUCUUCAUUGAUGCAGCAAUUUGAAUCCUGGCCAUUACAAGGAGGCAGUGUUGAGGAGGCUCUGGAUCAUACGGACACAGUAAGCAGAAAGAAUGGUAAUUUCAAUGGUUGUGUUGAUGAUCACUCUCAGCAAGAUGAAGCUCUUAGGGCUGACCAUGGAAGUCAGAACAUCCCUGACGAUGUUCCACCUGGGUUUUCAUCUCCCCAAGCUCAGGGUUUAUCAUAUGCUUCAUCAGCUGCUAUGGAUCUCCAUCGACAAAAUGUUUGCCAUAUGAAGCGUCCUUUUGAUGCAGUUGUUGGACAGCCACAGGGGAAGUUCAUUUCUUGCCUGCCUGUCUCGUAUGGAAUGCCCUUGUCAAUCGUACAGCCUUUUGGCACACCCAAUGCAGAAAGUGUAGAUGGCUGGUUUAUUGCCCCUGGCAUGCCUUUUCAACCUUUUCCUCCAUUGCCUCCAUUUCCCCGGGAUAACAAAGAUCGUCCAACUUCUCAUGCUUCUAAUCCUUUGUCGAUUGAUCAACCUGCAGUAGGACAAAGGAACGGCCAUUAUCCCACCCCUUGUCACGCAGAUGAAACCCUUAAAAAUUUGGACAUUCCAAGUUCACAUAGCCAGCAGCCAUUUAAGCGAGUGAGGGAAUCCUCAUACAGCUCGGGAAGGAGGUAUUUCAGGCCAGAGAAAUGGAAUGCUCCAAAAACAGUGCCCCCAUGGCUUCGGAAAAGGAAUGGGUGGGGACAGGUGGCAGACAGCUUGAGAGGUUCUUCAUGCGGCAAACGUAUAGGAAAUGUAGCAAAUGAGGCGACCAACUCAUAUUUACCAGAGGAUGUGAGCUGUAGAGGAGAAAAGGCUGGCAAUAAUUAUUAUCAGCAUUCCCAGAACCAAAAUCAUCAUUGAUUUAUAGAACAAAUUCUGAAGAUCUACUUGAUUUCUUCUAUACUUUCCAUUCUCAAUUCUUUUGUUUCCAAGUUUAUAUCUAAUGAAAUCUUAAUUAAUUUCAGAAUUCCAGUCCUCUUAGUCUGUUAUACCAUACCCAGGUGAAAGAGCUACCCCCAUUCCAGUCCUGAAUAAUAAACUCAAGAGUCCACCCCUCGAAGUGAGUCAUUCAUAUGUAUGUAUCAUUUUCUCAUAGAAAUUUGGAAGGCUCGUGCAUUUUUAAGAACAGAACAAGAGACCAUGAUCGAUUCUUUUGUGUCUUCAAGUUAUGCUCCUAUUUUUUUGGGCAUGAUGAUGCACAAGACAGAAGAUGGAAUUGUUUGACUGUUGUGAUGUUGGAAGGAUUUGUCUCCAAACCGAGUUUGGAUCUCUAAUAGCCUGUUGGAACUCAAAACAGUAUUAUUGAUCAGUUCACUGACUGGUUUGUUGUAAAGGGAUUAAAAGGAUAGUUAUUGUCUAUUGAAAUGAUUGUGACAAGAUACUGUAUUUUAUUUUA